AUGGCGACAGGGGCGGCUCGGGUUACCGAGUGGCUUGCGUUCUCGGUCAACCGUCGCGGCCACUUCCCUCUUCGCCAGCAACCCCAAAGGUCGGCGGGUUGGUGUUGCGCGCGGUUAGCACUAGCCUACAGCUACCUAAGCGAAGACGCCGCCGCCAUGAACAAGGAGAACGCCAAGGUGCGCGGCAACCAGCGCAAGCUGACGUUCCAGCGCCGCAAGAAGCCCAACGCGCUGCGCAUCGACCCGGACGCGGCGCCCACGCGCACGAGCACGUUCUUCGGCACGGUGGGGUCCCCCAUCAAGAUGGGCAACGGCGUCGGCGGCGCGGGCCGGCGCGCGCCCAAGCUGCCUCCGCGGCCGUCGCCCACGCCCGCCUUAGAGACGCCGGUGGUGGACUCGGAGGCCGCAACGCUGGACAUCAACCAGAAAGCGGCCUUCCGCGAGGAGCUCCGGCGGCAACAGAAGGCCAAGCAACGCGCGGAAAGGGCCAAGCAGCAGCAGCAGGAAAAGGCAAAAGAGUCGCCGGCCGACGCCACAGAGGCGGCCAAACAUACGGACGAGGCCUCGGUUGCCACCGUGCGCAACGACAAUGGGCGGGCCAAGCACCGCGGCCGACGCAACUCGACCGAGUUCAUCGGCGCCCCCAUGGAGCCCGUGCAGCAGCUCAAGCUGGACGGCGCCAAGAAGGCCAAGAUCCCGCACUUCCUCUCGGCCUGGUUCAACGCCGGCCACGACACCAAGGCCACGACCGACACGGACAACAGCGACCCCGAGUCGGCCAAGACGGACGCAACCAUCGUGAGCGCCGACGACAAGGAUGUCCGCGCUAAGGUCGCGCACAAGGAGCCCGAUGUUGCAGCCGCGGCCAAGCCGCCGCCCGCGCCUGUUGACGCGGCCAAGGACAAGGACAGGAGCGCGCUCAAGCACCGCCCCACCAAUUACAGCCAGAACAUCAACUUCAACGAGAUUACGCUGGGCCGCAUGAUCGGCGAGGGCGCCUUCGGAAAGGUGCACGAGGGCAAGUGGCGCGGCAAGAGCGUGGCCGUCAAGUUGCUCAUCUGCCAGGACCUGCGCAGCGACAUCCUAAACGAGUUCCAGUCCGAGGUGGAGAUCAUGAGCGUGCUGCGGCACCCCAACAUCUGCAGGCUGCUGGGCGCGUGCAUGGAGCCGCCGCAUCGCGCGCUGGUCGUUGAGUUGCUGCAGCGCGGCUCGCUCUGGGGCGUGCUGCGCAUGAACCGCAAGUCCAUCGACCAGGAGAUGCGCUCCAGGUUUAUCUACGACACGGCCAAGGGCAUGUCGUACUUGCACCACUUUGAGCGACCGAUUCUGCACCGAGACCUGAAAAGUCCCAAUCUGCUGGUGGACAAGAACUUCAACAUCAAGUUGUCGGACUUUGGACUGGCCCGUGUCAAGGCCCACGUGCAGACCAUGACAGGAAACUGCGGCACGGUGCAGUGGAUGGCGCCCGAGGUGCUGGGCAACCAGAAGUACACGGAGAAGGCCGACGUGUUCUCGUUCGGUAUCGUCAUCUGGGAGAUCGUCACAGGCGAGUGUCCGUACGACGGCAUGAGUCAGAUCCAGGCCGCGCUCGGAGUGCUCAACCGCAACCUGCGGCCCAACAUCCCGAGGGACUGCCCGCCGUUCUUCUCGAGGCUCAUGAAGGCCUGCUGGAACCGACAGCCGGAGCUGCGACCGAGCUUCCCGCACAUUGUUAACGCCUUCCGCACGUACCAGAGCUCGAUCUCGGAGUCGCGCGCCACCAGCAGCGCCGCAGCUUCGGCCAAGGCUGCUAUGGCCGCAUCGGUAGCGGCGUCUUAG